AUGCAGCCAACGCCCAUCCUCCAGCGCGCCCUGCGCCGCCUCCAACUCACCACCAAGCAAGCGGGCAAAGACUACUACAAGGGCAACCGCGUCGGAUCGCAUGGACGGCACACGAAGCACGGCAAAUACAUCAUCGAGUGGCAGAAGGUGCGGACGUAUGUGUGUCCGAGAGACCUGGAGAACAGCAGUUUGACGCCUUUCGUCGCGAGGCGCAUCGAGAUAGAACGAGGCACGUUUGCCGGUACAAAGGGGCCAAUGGAUGGAGAGGCGUAUCUGGAGAGGUGGAAGGCCGAGAAUGGACAGGAUUAG